AUGAAGAAGCUAAAGAGUUCGGAAGUGGCUCAGCACAACGACAGGCACUCGUGCUGGGUCGUUCUGUACGGCAAAGUCUACGACAUCACAGACUUUCUCGACGGACACCCGGGCGGGUCACAGGUCCUUCUGAGAAGCGCAGGUCAGGAUGCCACGGCUGAGUACGAGAGCGUGCACAGUCCGGACCUGGUGGAAGAGACCCUUCCCUCGACUUCAUUUCGCGGCUUUGUCGACUCGGACACCAUCCCCAAGACACAGUCGGCAUCAAACCGCAGACCACAACAGCAGAAGCCACAGGCGCGAUUCCCACCCUUGAGGACCAUGAUCAGCGUGAAUGACUUCGAGGCGGUCGCAAAGCAAUACCUCAGUCCGGCCGGAUGGGCCUACUAUUCAUCCGGGGCAGACGACGAACGCAGCCGGUAUGAAGCAGCUCGUGCAUUUCGCAAACUGACACUGCGUCCCCGGGUCCUUCGCAACGUGGAUCAGGUUGAUACGAGAACCACCAUUCUCGGCAAGAACACCAGCCUGCCGAUCUACGUUUCGCCCUCGGGACUGGGGAGGUACGCCCAUCCCGAUGCAGAGUGCGCCUUUGCCUCGGGGGCAGGAAAAGAAGGACUCAUCCAAGUGAUCCCCACGAGCCCCAGCAUGCCCAUCGAGAAGAUCAUCAACGCCCGAAUCAGCAAGGAUCAGCCGGUGUUCUUUCAGCUGUACUUCAAUCGAGACUACCAGAAGGCCGAAGCCCUGAUCCGCCGAGUUGAGAAUCUGGGAGUGAGCGCGAUAUGGUUGACGGUGGACUCGCCUGUUCUUGGAAAACGAGAGCGGGACGAUCGAUUGAAAGCUCAAAUCAGUGAUGAAGACGAAUAUGUCAUGCUCGAGGAACAGAAACCCGGCGUGGCUAAACUGGCUGCCGGCGGCCUGCUCAAUCCGAGGUUGACCUGGGAUGAUAUUGCAUGGAUCCGCCAGGUUACCAGAUUGCCUGUUGUUCUCAAAGGGAUCCAGAGCGUGGAGGACGCCGUCCUUGCGUAUGAAAAUGGCGUGGAAGGCAUUGUGUUGUCUAAUCACGGAGGCCGAUCCCAGGACACGGCUCAAGCACCAAUGGUCACCCUGCUAGAGAUCCGACGAUAUGCGCCACAUCUACUCAAUGGCCGCAUGGAGGUGUUCUUGGAUGGCGAGAUUCGUCGCGGCACGGACAUUCUGAAGGCGCUUGCUUUGGGGGUGCGUGCGGUCGGGCUGGGGCGGCCGUUCCUGUUCAGCCUGACCGGUGGUUAUGGGGAAGCUGGCUUCAGGAGAAUGGUCCAGAUCCUGCGAGAGGAGCUCGAGGGCAACAUGGCACUCGCCGGGGCCACUCGGAUCAGUGAGCUUGUUCCCGAGAUGGUUAACACCCAGAGGCUGUCCAAGGAAGUUAUUGGCACCAUUAAGCUAUGA